UCAAAUGUCAUAAUCACGUUUUGUGAGGUGGUAUUAUUUUGUUUGUUAUUUUACUAAUUUAUUUAUAUAACACAAUGGCCCAAGGAAAACUAAAAGUUAAAAGUAAAUUACCAUCUGGUGUUAAAGCCAAGAAAAAUAAAGGGAAAGCCGUGACAAAACGUAGCAAUGCACCAGUCCGGAGUAAAAACAAUGCCGUAGAAAAGAAUAAGAUGAAGGCAAAGGUAACGAAGAUGGUGAACGCUGUGGCUGAGAAGCAACUCAGAGCCUUAGCGACUGAUACUCCUCAAUUAUCUGCCGCACAACAAAGAGUGGCGACAGCGCCUACUGCACCUGUGCCAGCAAAAUAA